AAACCACAUUUGUUCAAGCAAGUCAGCCAUGUCAGCCGUUUUUUUUUAAGGCAGUAAAUGAGGUUGAAUCAGUUGUUUCCUUGAUAGCCAAAAAAGCGCUGCUGUUGGGACAGCGUUAUGUAUGCCGUAACAGUUUGUGUGCACCGUUUUUCACGUUAUCGUGCAAUUCAUGUUGUGCUAUGGCUUUGCUGGCAUGGAUUUUUUUUUUUAUGGUUUACCCCACCAAGGUUUACAUGCUAAAAUCGCCACUGAUUCAGCUCUGUCUGAAGCAAAAAAUAAGAGACGGCCUAACCACCAUCAGACCAAAUCAUGCAGGAGAGGACACGGCCAGCCAGCUUCAUAUCCAAUCAGAAUCAACCAUGCAGUCACUGGACUGGAAUCAGCGAGUCCGCAUGUCUGCUGUCCCUGUCUGUCUGUGUCGAGUUGGAAACCGCCGGUCUGGAACCCCCCUCCACUCCCCCUCACAUUGAAAUGGGCGGUCUGGAAACACAGUGAGAGGAACCUCAGGUGCUUUACUCUGCUGACGAUAUUGACAGCAGCACGGUGCACCGAUAUAUUGUUUACAUUUUUUUUAAAGAGAAAGAAUAGCGACAAACUCCGAUUUACGUUUUGUGAAUUAGCGUUGCAUUUUUGGAGCCAACAAUGGGGAAAGUGGAAGGAGGAAUGAAAUGUGUCAAAUAUCUACUUUUCAUCUUCAACUUCAUAUUUUGGUUGAUGGGCUCGUUGGUCCUUGCGGUUGGGCUGUGGUUGCGGUUCGAUCCUGAGACCGUCGCUCUGCUGAACGGAGACGGAGCGCCAGACACCUUCUUUUAUGGUGUGUAUAUCCUGAUCAUAGCGGGCAGUCUAGUGAUGUUGGUGGGAUUCUUUGGCUGCUGUGGAGCCAUACGAGAGUCCCAGUGUCUGCUGGGGUCGUUCUUUGCCUGCCUGCUGAUAAUCUUUGGCGCAGAGGUUGCUGCUGGUGUGUUUGGCUUCUUGAACAAAGACAAGAUAAUUGAAGAUGUCCAGAACUAUUACAUCAAAUCCUACAACGACAACAAAAACAACAACACGAUGAUACAAAACUCUUACCACAAAGUUCUCAACUGUUGUGGGACGUCCCAGAGCUUCUGCCCUGAGGCCCCAGCUGACACCAAGGACUGUGAGGUGGGCAUCAAGGAGUUCUUCAACAGUAAACUCUACAUCAUCGGUUACGUGGGGAUCGGCAUCGCUGGAGUCAUGGUUAUAGGGAUGAUCUUCAGUAUGGUGUUGUGCUGUGCCAUCCGCAACAGCAGGGAGAUCAUGUAACCAGGCAGAGCUUCCACUCCUCCAGUCCCCCCACAACAGCCCAACUCCAGUCCCCCCACAACAGCCCAACUCCAGUCCCCUCACAACAGCCCAACUCCAGUCCCCUCACAACAGCCCAACUCCAGUCCCCUCACAACA